UACAUACCUAAUGUACCCUACGUACAUCCGAACUGCAUACAUCAGUGUGCUCUAGGUUGCCUCGACCUAAAUACAGGAUAACAUAAACUACCUUUUUCCCUUAGUUAUUGCUAAAGCGUACUUUUAUAUUUUUGGUAUUGGUGUUCGAACUCCUUUCAACUAUUUACACAUUUACACAUUUACACAUUUACACACUUUCAACCUUUUCUGCAUUAGACCCUCUCCCUGCUGCGACACUUGAAAGACUCCUGAACCUAGUCGGACUUAUUGUUAUCUUCACCGUUGCGACAAAACCCCACCUUGCCAUCAUUCGCUUUCGCUUUGGAACUUGUCGCAUAAUCAACAACCCCCCCUUCACCUUCGGCCUCGCGAGACUCGAGAUUUGACACACGACAAACGCCAACUUCCCCGCCUCUCCGAGAGACAUCAUACUUAAUAGAAUAGUUGCUACCGCAACGCUACUAAAUCGAAGAUGGGAAAAUCUCAAUCGAAACUCUCUCAAGAACAACUAGCCGAACUCCAGAAAUCCACGCAUUUUGACAAGAAGGAACUGCAACAAUGGUACAAGGGCUUCUUAAAAGACUGUCCAUCCGGCAUGCUCACGAAAGAAGAGUUCCAGAAGAUCUACCGACAAUUCUUUCCAUUUGGUGAUCCAUCUUCAUUCGCAGAUUAUGUAUUCAACGUCUUCGACUCGGACAAGUCCGGCUCGAUCGAUUUCAAGGAAUUCAUCUGCGCUCUGAGUGUCACAAGCCGAGGAAAGAUGGAGGACAAGCUUGAUUGGGCUUUCCAAUUAUACGACAUCGACGGCGAUGGCAAGAUUAGCUAUGAUGAGAUGCUUAAAAUCGUGGAAGCGAUCUACAAAAUGGUCGGUUCGAUGGUGAAGCUUCCCGAGGACGAAGAUACCCCCGAAAAGCGUGUUAAGAAGAUCUUCCGCAUGAUGGACAAGGACGAAAACGGCUGUCUAGAUAUGGAGGAGUUUAAGGAAGGCAGUAAACGCGACGAGACAAUUGUCUCGGCACUCUCUCUGUACGACGGGCUGGUAUAAUUUUUAUUGCGUAAGAGUGUGGUUAGACAGCAAUGAGGCUUUCCGGAGCAGACGGCUUUGGGGGUAUGGGAAGAGGACCUAGCAGAGAACAAGAGCUCAAACCAGAAAGAAAACAAAAGACGACAAAGUCGAGAUGAAAGUCCCGUUUGGAGGAUUGCUGCCAGUGUAUCAAAUUUUCCUUUCUCUGUCUCCUACACGGGCAUCUAUAUUCCAAGAGAAGGAUAAACGCGGUUGUAUGUUGUUGACCAGAUCCCGGCGGAGUUUUUUUUUUCUGGCGCUCUGGUUAAGGAUAGUCUAAUGUGAUGAUCAAGCACCGGCUAAGCACCUC